AUGAAGAGUCCUGAAAUAGUGGAUGAAGAAAAUAGAGUUUUGGCGGGAGAUAGUUGUAGUUCUAGUACUAUUUCACGCAAUGUUGUAACUAAUGAAGGAAAUGGAACCUCAAGAGAGCGUGAUUUCAGUGCCAAAAACAGGAAACAAAAGGAGAAGAAGAAGAAUGUGAAAAACAACAUGGAGAGUGAUGAUGAAUUGCCAGGGAAGAAUAAUUCUAGUGCCAGAGCAGACACUGCUGAAAAGGAAGCACGUGAAGUAUCAAAGGAGCUGCCUUCUUCUGGUCCCAACGCAGACAAGAAGAAAGGGACAAAGAAGAAGAAAGGGAAGAAUAACAAGAUUGAGAAAGCUAGAGUUAAAGGAAUCGUCAUGGGUUGUGAUCAGGCAGAUUUGAUAGGGAUGAACAAAAGAAAGAUAUAUUUUAGUGAUUCAAUUAUAGAACGCAAGAAGGCACCCAACAGGUUUCUUGUUGAUGAGGCAAUCAACGAUGACAACUCUGUCAUCACACUCAAUCCUACAACAAUGGAACAACUUCAGAUUUUCCGCGGAGAUACCUUGUUGAUCAAAGGAAAGAACAGGAAGGAUACAGUUUUUAUUGCCCUAGCUGAUGACCGCUGCGAGCAGAACAAGAUUCUGACGAAUAAGGUUGUGCGGUCGAACUUAAGGGUCAGGCAUGUCAACAAAAAUUUAAUAUAA